CUUCUGUGAACAUUCUUGUUCCAGCAUUUUCAUUCACUUACAUAAGUGAAGUCACUAGCUUUGACGUGACACAAUUUAGCAAUGGCUGCCUUGGUGGCCCAGUGUCACCACGUCUUUGGGCUGAGAACUGGAGUGGCCAACAACGUGUGCUGCGUUGAUGAGCAAACGGUCAUCUUCCCCUCUGGAAACAACUGUGUGCGCUACAACAUUGACCAAAAAUGUCAGAGAUUCAUACCAGGUCUGGAGAAAAGCCAAGGCAUGUAUGCACUGGCUAUCAGCCCAAACAAGCGCUACUUGGCCGUGUCAGAGCGCGGGGAGAGGGCGAUGAUCACGGUCUACGACCUGCAGCAUGAACAGUGCCGCAAGAGAAAAGUGCUUACGGGCGGCGACCUGGCUGUCUUUGAGUUUGUGUCCAUGUGCUUCUCCCCGGACUCUAAAUACUUCAUCGCACAGUCAGGUGGCCCGGACUGGAUGCUCUUGUACUGGAUGUGGGAGAGGCAAAAGGUCAUAACCACAGUCAAGACUACUAUCGUUCCUAAUCCCAUCUCUCAGGUCAGCUUCAGCCCUUAUGACAACACACAGAUCUGUGUAACUGGCUAUGGAGUCCUGAAGGUCUUCCGCUUCAUGGAGGGCAUCCUUAAACAGACCGCCUUUCAGAAACUGGACACCCAGAAUAUUCUGUGCCAUGCCUGGGUCUCAGAGGAGCGCAUUAUCGCAGGAACAGAGAAAGGCAGGUUGAUGGUGUUUGAGUCGGGCGACCUGCACUGGGACAUGAGUGUGGUCUCCAAAGCCUCCCAGGGCCCAGCAGACAACAAGUCCGGCUGUAGCAGGUCUGCCAGUCUGAAAAAGAAGGAGAUCCAGACGGAGAUGCCACGUGUUACAGUCAUCACAGCAUAUUCCAAAGGGUUUGCCUGCGCUGCUGGUCCCGGGAAAGUCCUGCUGUAUGAGAAAACUGAAGAAAAGGACCACUACAGGAAAACCAGAGAAAUCCGGAUUCCCCAGGACCCCUGCAGGAGCGACCCAGGCCGUGCUGAGCAGCAGCAGAUCAUGUCUUUGGUCAUCACCCCAACAGAGGAGACUGUGGUGACCAGCACAGACUUCAACCAGCUCUACAGCUUUACCCUGUCCACUGCGGAGAUGAGCAAGGGUGAGCUGGCCCACUUUGAGCACCUGUCCCACUCCUUCCACUCCGGAAGCAUCACCGGCCUGUCUGUCUGCAUACGCAAGCCCAUCAUCGCCACCUGCUCACUGGACCAGUCGGUGCGCAUAUGGAACUUUGAGACAAACAUCCUUGAGCUUUACAAGGAGUUCCAGGAGGAAGCCUUCUGUAUUGCUCUUCACCCCUCCGGCCUCUACGUGUUGGUGGGUUUCUCCAGUAAGCUAUGCCUGAUGAACUUGCUCAUUGACGAUAUCAGGCUCUUCAAGGAGUUCACCGUGCGAGGCUGCAGAGAAUGUGCCUUUAGUAAUGGUGGACACAUAUUUGCUGCUGUUAGUGGCAACAUCAUACACAUUUUCUCCACUACCACCUUUGAGAACAUCCUCAACCUGAAGGGGCAUAAUGCCAAGGUGCUCUCCAUCAUCUGGAGUGGCGACGACAGCCGUCUGGUGUCCUGUGGCAUGGACGGAGCUGUGUACGAGUGGAACACGCUGACAGGCAAGCGUGAGUCCGAGAGCGUCCUCAAGUCCUGCAGCUACACAGGGAUCAGCCUGUCACCCGACAACAAGUCCAUAUUCGUCGUGGGCACCGACUACACCCUCAAAGAAAUCCAGGACUGCCAGAUCUUGCGGGAGGUGAGCUCCGAGGACGUGACAUACACCAGCGUUGUCAUGUCCCGUUCCGGCCGAACUCUCUUCACCGGCACGUCCAUUGGGACGGUCCGAGUCAUCAGAUACCCGCUGUCUCUCCAGAGGGAGUGGAUCGAGUACCAGGCACAUGCUUCCGCUGUCACCAAGAUGGUGAUAACGUUUGAUGACCAGUACCUGUUGAGCGUGUCCAAGGACGGCUGUCUGAUCACCUGGAAGCUGAUUGAUAAGGAGGGCCGGGGCCUGAAGAGAGAUAAGGAGCUCUGCUACGCCGAGGAGAUCCUCAUCACCAAGACUGACCUGGAGGAGAAGAACCAGAUCAUGCUGGAGCUGAGGACGCGGAUGGAGGAGCUGAAGAUGGAGAAUGACUACCAGCUCCGUCUGAAAGACAUGAACUACAAUGACAAGAUGAAAGACCUGACGGAGACGUUCAAUCACCAGAUGGAGUCCCUGAACACCAAAAUCCAGAUCCUGAAAACAGAGAAGGGGCAGCUGGAAGCCAAACAUCAGGAAGUGAUGACUGAUUCUCAGAAAAAGCACAGUAAAGAGGUGCAGGAUUUAGAGUCCACCAGCAGCAAGAAGCUCCUUCUGGAAUAUGAGAAGUACAAGGAGUUGCAGGGGAAGUCGCAGAUCAUGCAGGCCAACUACAAGCUCCAGCUGCAGACCAUGGUGCAGGAGAAGGAGGCGGCGCUGCAGGGCCUCACGCUCUACUACGAGGGCACCAUGAAGGAGAAGGAGCUGCUGCUGGAGCAGUGCCAGGAGGAGGCGCGCAUGCAGCUCCGGGAGUUUGAGGAGUCCAAGAGGCAGAUGGAGGAGGACAGCGACCAUGAGAUCCAGGACUUACGUCUCCGCUACGAGCGCUUGCUCACCGAGGAGAGGGAGACCAACCUCAAGAUGAAGGGAGACACGGGCAUCAUUAAGAAAAAGUUCAGCAGCCUCCAGAAAGAGAUCGAUGAUAAGAACAUGCAAUUCGAACGGAUGAAGGGGGAGCAGAACAGGCUGCAGGCGGUGAUCAAGUCCAUGGAGAAAGACACGCAGACCCUGAAGAAGGAGAUCCUGGAGAGAGAUGAAACCAUCCAGGACAAGGAGAGGAGAAUGUAUGACCUAAAAAAGAAAAACCAGGAGCUGGAAAAGUUCAAGUUUGUGCUGGACUACAAGAUCAAAGAGCUGAGGAAGCAGAUUGAGCCGCGUGAAGACGACAUAAAAGAGAUGCGGGAUCAGAUCCAGGAGAUGGAGAAGGAGCUGGACUCCUUCCACACACAGGACAUCAAGCAGCAGCUGAACAUCAGCAAGCUCAGCGUCAAGCUCGCCGCCACUGAGAAUGAGCUGCACAAGGAGAUUCAGAGGGUGUUGGAUGGCCAGGCUUUGAUGAAGAGGUUUAAGACAGACCUCCAUAACUGUGUGGCUUUCAUCCAAGAGCCUCAGAGAUUAAAGCUCGCCAUCAAGGACUUACACGAACGCUACAUACAUAAAUCUGAUAUGAUGGACAUAGCAGGGCUUGACAAUGCCAUUCAGAUGGAGUAUGCCCGACACCAGGAACAUCUAGAGAGAAGCCUGGCCUCAAUGAAGCAGAAACUAGCCAGAACCAGCAUGGGCCACAGCACAGAAAAUGUGAAAAUCAUGCAGGAGAACGUGACCCUAAUCACAGAAAUUAACAACCUGCGAGGAGAGCUGCGGCUGCUGCGGUCGCAGGUCCACAACUACGAGACUCAGCUGAGGCUGAACAACAAGGGCCAGAAACAGCAAGCCGCCGAGGCCAAAGAUAACCUAGCACCCAGGUCCAGCAUACAUGAUGUAGUUCACCGUCUGAACCUCCAUGAUGAGAAAGAGAUGGUCAUUCAGCUCCAAAAGGUUGAAAUCAGACAGCUGAGACAGGAGAUUCGGGACAUGUCAGUAAAACACCCACACAGGCCACCAUCCAGCCCCAAGCUACCUUCCCUCGCCCAUUUGUAGUUCAUGUUUACACAUAGGCCUAUCCAUAUUGCUUUGUGGGACCACAGAGAUGCAAAAUUAUUAAAGUAUAUCAUGUGAAAAUA